AUGGUUGACGCACCGCCUCCUUCAUUAUCCGAACUUAUGCGAAUGGUAGCUGAGCUACAACAAGUCAAUCAGCGAAUGGCUGACGAGAACCAAAUAAUGGCUGCCCAAAUUGCUGAAAUAAAUCAUGCUCGGAUUGAGCACAACGAUGCUCACCGCCAGCAAUCAGAAGACGAGGAACAUCAGUCCCAACCCACUCAUGUUUCGGAGACCGCUCGACACGAGGAGCCACGGCCCGAAGAUGAAAAAGAAGAGUCCGAAGACCCUGUGGGUCCCUUCACGGACGAAGUUAUGAACUUCGAACUGCCGAAGAGAUUCACUCUGCCGCUGACCCUCACGCCUUAUGAUGGACUCGGAGACCCGAGGAAGUUUCUAAAGAAAUUCCGAUCAAUAAUGAUCGUCAAUGGUGCAUCAGAUACAGUUUUAUGUCGUUGUUUUCCAAAUUAUUUAGACGGUCCUUCACUUGAUUGGUUUUGUGCUUUGCCUGCAGGUUCCAUUUCGCGUUUUCAUCAGUUGGCGAAGUUAUUUGAAGAGCAUUUCGCCGGAUCCGCAAUAUACUUGCACGAUUCCGAUUACUUGAACACCAUCAAGCAAGGACCAAACGAAAGCUUAAAGGAAUACAUGACACGCUUCACUAAGGUCGCGAUCAGCAUACCAGACCUCCACCCCGAGGUCCAUCUGCACGCAAUUAAAAGUGGUCUCCGACCUGGAAAGUUUCAGGAGACAAUCGCAUUCAACACUAAGAGAGAAGACAUAAUCAAAGAGAUCUUGAACUCAAAACUAAUAAAGCCACCAAGAAAGGCAAGUACAUACCAAGAUGCAAAGAACGUGGACAAAUCAAAAUAUUGCGCUUUCCACCAGAAACAUGGCCACAACACUAAUGAUUGCGUUGUCGCAAAAGACCUUCUAGAGCGACUAGCAAGACAGGGACACCUCGACAAAUACAUUGGUAGUCAUAUCCAAAAGCGCGGACCAAGCUCCGCAACAAACGACCUCUCUGAACAAAGCCGAGGAAAAGAGAAGGCAUCUUCAAGCCAAUAUGAAAGACCACGAGGUAUAAUCAAUUGUAUUUCAGGAGGAUACGCCAGUGGAGGAUACUCGAACUCGGCGAGGAAAAGAUCGUUCAGAGCCAUAUGUUCGGCAAACGGACCACAACAAAGCGCAACAGUCACCAGUCCACAACCCGAAGUCACUUUCACAUACGCCGACUUCAACUCCAGUAUACAAAAUUUGGACGACCCUGUGGUGAUCAACCUUCAGCUAGGAGAUCUAUUAGUGAAAAAAGUUCUCUUGGACCCGGGGGCAGUGCCGAUGUCCUGUUUUACUCCACAUUUCAAAAGAUGA